AAAAGGUUCAGAACAGAAAGAAAGAAAAACAAAGCCAGAAUAAGUAAAACCAGGUCACCUUAAAAUGUCUGAACAGAGACUGAUAUCUGAUUCAAGAAACAUGGAUAAAGAAGCAGAGGACAUGGACAAAAUCUCCAGCUCUCCUGCGUUCUCCAGAAACUCAGAGACCGCUGAGAAUACCAACAUCCCUGUAUCAGGAACCAGUGAUCAGACCGCUGAGGAUCUUGAUGAUCUGAUGCACUGUGAUGAAAUUCUAGAUGACAAAGAGAUCACUUGCCCUAGCAUCGAUCCCAUCAUGAGCCAGGAGAGCAUAUUAACGUGUUCCUCUUCUUGGUCUUCCGUGAGCAUUGACAACAUCUCAACAGGUUCUGCCUCCUGUGUCUCUUCUUCCUCCACCAUCACCAUCAGUGCCAUCACAGAGGCAGGCAAAAUGCUCGUCUCCUACGUGAUUGACGAGGCUGUCAAGGCACUGCAGUCCACCGAUGCUGCAAAGACACUGCAGUCCACUGAGGCUGUCAAAACACCGCAGUCCACUGAGGCUGUCAAAACACCGCAGUCCACUGAGGCUGUGAAGACACCACAGUCCACUGAGGCUGUGAAGACACCCCAGUCCACUGAGGCUUUAAUGAUGUCGCAGUCCACUGAAGCUCUCUUGACACAGCAAUCCACUGAGGUAGUGAAUACGCUGCAGUCCACUGAGGCUGUUAAGACACCACAGUGCAGUGAGGCUUUAAAGACACUGCAGUCCAGUGAGGCUGUAAAGACAUUGCAGUCCACUGAGAAGAAGAAGUGGAAGAGGUGUUUCAGUGGAUGGCAGAGAAAAAGUAAUAAGGUAGCUCCACAUGAAGAUUUGGAUCAGGAAGAUGUAAGCAAUUCUUUAACUCUUCGGGCCAUCAACUCUGGUGACCAGGACGACGAAACCUUCAGCCAGACGUCUGUGGACUCCUCUCGGCCUGUUGCAGAGACCAAGGCAAAAAAGAGCAACUGCUUCUUACGCUUCUUCCACAAUAUCUUCUCAAAGAAUGAGAAGAAGAUGAAGAAGGAGGAGGAGAAAAAGACGAAGCAACCUCCUUUUUGGAAAUGGCAGUUGUGCAGAAGUUGUCUUGACAUGUAAAGAUAAUAACGUCACACCAUUUGUCUUUCUCUUAAACCCCCACUCCAUCCCUGCCCC